UGAAUUCGAUAAUAACAGCAGUAUCGACCAACUACGAAAGCUCCUGAGAUCGUACGUACGAGACAAACAACGAAUAUAAGAAACGGAACGCAACGAAACAAAUAUAGUCCACAAGAUAAUUCACACGAUGUCAGAGCACAAAGUGCCAAAGUUAGAGUUUGUACUAAGAGAAGAUGAUUGGAUAACAUAUACGGAACGAUUGGAACUAUAUUUCCUGGUAAACGAUGUAAAGGCUGACAAGCAAGCAGCAGUCUUCCUAACGAAAAUAAAUCCGGAAACGUAUAACCUGCAAGCGUCAACGGAAGCAGUUGCAGAUUUGAUGCAAGACUAAAGCGACUUUCAUUAUACUGCAACUUGCCGGAAAUAAACAACGCGGUACGAGAUCAAAUCUUG